UAAUUCUUUUAAUCUUAUUAUUUUUAUAGAAAAUUUUCUUUAUACAUUUAGUCAUUAAUUUAUUAAUUAUUAACUAAUGGAUAAAAUCCCUAUCUAACUAAAUAGUUGAUAAGCUUGAAUACGUAAUAACGAAUGGUGGUUUUUAAAUUUUAAUCACGACUAGCGUGAGAAUAAUUUUUAACGUGGGCACGAACAGGUGUGGUUGUUUUUUUUUAUAUCACGCAAUAGCUGAAUAUGAGGGUCAGAUUUAGGAAUUUUUUUUUUAUUUUAUUUUAAUUCUUUUAUUCCUUAUAAACAAGAAUAAAAAAAUUUCAUUCACGAAACGUAAUAUAAUAUUUAGUAAAAUGGUAUUUUAUACUUUUGUACUUGUACUGAAAACAUGAAACUCAAUAGUAAUAUUAAUAUAUAAAAUACUGAGGAGAGUAAAUUAUUAAUUUUGUUGAGUUGUAUAAACAAUAAUACAAAUAUUCCCUACACAUGGGAGCGCCAAGGCACACCCUGAGUUAUUAGAAAUUAUUUAGUAUUGAACACCGAGUCUUCUGUUGGUUCGUAAUUCAGUAUUUCUCACGACACCAGAAAUAACGAAUCUCUCUAUCUUAGUAUUUACUCAAGAUUAUAAUACAAUUGUCCAGUGAAAUACAUUGAUAAUAAUAGUAAUAAUAGUUAAAAUUAAUCACAAACAAUGGGAAAUAAAAUAGCAACUUUCACUGAAGAACAACUAGAAGAAUACCAAGAUUGCACAUUUUUAACGCGUAAAGAAAUUCUCAGAAUAUUUAAACGUUUCCGUGAAAUGGGAGAUCCUGGCAAAGUACCAAAGACGAUGACACCGGAGCUGGCAAGUCAACUGAAACUACCCUUAUCAUGUUUAUCAAAGAUUCCAGAGUUAAAAGAAAAUCCAUUUCGAGAUCGUAUAGCGGAGGUAUUUACCAAGUGCAGUGAUCCAGGAAGUGAACAAGAAGAAGAAGAAGAAGAAGAAGAAGGUAUCUGUUUCGAGGAGUUCUUGGAGAUGAUGUCAGUAUUUUCAGAGCAAGCACCUCGAGAUCUUAAAGUAUUUUAUGCUUUUAAGAUUUACGAUUUUGAUGAAGACGGAUUCGUGGGCAUGAGUGAUUUAGAACGUACGUGUCGGCAACUGGUCCAGGAUGGAUUGACCGAGGAAGAAGUAGGUACAGUUUGUAAAAAAGUCCUCGAAGAAUGUGAUAUUGACGGGGAUGGCGCAUUGUCUUAUCUCGAGUUUGAGAAUGUCGUUGCUAAAGCUUCGGAUUUUUUGUCUACUUUUCACAUAAGAGUUUGAAAUAAAAUAAAUGCGCUGGUAUCCAUGGAAGAUGCUGGUAAGGUUGAUGAAGAAACGUGUCUUGCUCUCGUUGUAUAUAUAACAAUGUCGUGGGAGAAAUAAAUGGGUUGUAGAGCUCAAGUUAAUGUUUGAAAGAAGAAAAGGUGAAGAGGAAGAUUAAAGAAGGGCAAUAAGAAAAAUAGUUCUCUGACCCGUCGACUCGUUUCCCUGCUCUCAUAAGAGACGCUAAUUUAUCCUUCGUGGAUGGAUAAAUUGGAAUAAGAGUACAAUUUACAUAAAUACAUCUACAGCGAUGUCUACGUCAGAGUAUAAAAAAAUUACCAGUAAAUUCCAGCAAUGUACACGCGACAAUAAAACGUGAUGCUGUUUUUAUCAAUCAACUAUCAUAAAUUUAUCCUCAAUCUUUCAGUCGG